AUGUCAACGGACUUAAAACCAAACCAACUAGUAUACGCCUACCACGGUCCACUAAUUUAUGAAGCCAAAAUCGUCAAAAUUAAAAAAUCAACAGAUUCAUUUAUAAUAAAUAAUGAUUUACAACAUGAAACAUUAGAACAAAACCCAAAAUAUAAACCUGGAAAUUGGUCUUCGGAUACUACGGUUUAUUUUUUACAUUAUCAAGGUUGGAAUUCUAAAUGGGAUGAAUGGGUUUCAAUUGAUAGAAUUAUGGAAAUUAAUGAAGAAAAUAAAUUUAAAAAAUCUGAAUUAGAACAAUUAACUAAAAAGAAAAGAGUUAAAAAGGAAGAACCAACACCAACUUCUAAAGAUAAGAAUAAUAAUAAUAAUAUUAAUAAUAAUGGAUCAAAAAGAUCCAAAACAAUAUCUUCAUCAAGUUCAACUACUUCAUCAAAUGAUCCUAUAAAAAAACCAAUUAAAAAAAAUAUAACUAUAAAUUUAAAAUUCCCACCAGAAUUAAAAUAUCUUUUAGUUAAUGAUUGGCAAUAUAUAACAAAAGAUAAAAAAUUAGUUACAUUACCAGUCCCACCAUCAAAUUCAGUUUUUCAAAUCCUACAAACCUAUAAAAUCCAAAGAAUUCCACAAUUACAAAAACAUCAAAUUUCAAUACUUGAAGAAAUUCUAACAGGAUUAGAAAUUUAUUUUAAUAAAUCCCUAAGUUUAAUUCUUUUGUAUAAAUAUGAAAAUCUUCAAUAUUUAAAUUUAUUAAAAGAUAAUUUGAUAAAUUCAGGUCAAAAACAAAGUAAAAUUUAUGGAGUAGAACAUUUAUUAAGAUUAUUAGUUUCAUUUCCUGGUUUAAUAAGUACAACAACUAUGGAUUCUAUUUCUAUAAAUGUAUUAAUUUCAGAAUUUGAAAAUUUAUUAGUUUAUUUAAAAAAUAAUUUAUCAAAUUAUCAAAAUGAAUAUUAUUAUACUUCACCACAAUAUGAUGCAUUAGCUAGAUCAUAA